AAUUUUAUGUCUUUUUUACCUGAUGGAGUUAUUUCCAAUCUUGAGAACUAAGUAAAUAGAGUAAGAAGUUCAGCAGAAAUAAAACAAGAUGAUAGAUAAAUGUUUAAGAAUGAUUCAUAUGCAUCUUUAAAAGAUGAUGUUUUGUGCUUACAAAAUAUAAAAGGGAAUGAAGAACGCUUAUAGAAAAAAAAUUAGUUCUCUUCUCAAUGUAAAUAUGGAAUAGGAUAAAGAAAAAUUACUGGCUUCAAAAAGAGUUUAAGAUAACGCUUCCUCAAAUUCAUCUAAAUAAUUGAAAAAUGAAGAUUUAUAGAUGUAAAAGAAUAGAGAGAGUGCAAGAAAUUCAAGAUAAAGAAAAAAGUUAUAUAUUGGUUUAUUGGAGAAAAAAGUUGAAGAUUUAAAUGGAUAAAUAGAAGGACUUAGAUAAUAAACAGAGAUAAAAUUUAAGCAUAUUCAUCAUAUAAUUGAAAAUAAUGCAUGUUUCAAAGGAAUGAUUAUAGAAUAAGCACAAAUAUUUGAUUAAUUGUACAGUAAAGUUCCAGAAAACAUUGAAGGAUAAGAGAUAUAAGCAUUACUUACAGAUUCUUAUAAAUUAAAAUUUAGUGCCACUGGUUUAAAAAGAAACCAUUAUGUUAGAUAUUGUUUUUAGAAUAUAGUCAGAAUAUUAAUGGAUGGUAAUUAUGGAACUUUAUUAUUCGUAAGUAAUUGUCAACCAAAAAAUUGUAUAUUUUUCAAUAGAUUAAUCAGUUUAACCUCUAGAAGAUGA